AUGGUGCACGAGGACACGGGUCUAUGGCACGCGGCGGGAUUCAAUGUAUCGAAAUGGCUUAUGAUCAUAAUACAUGGAUACCGGGUCACCACCCUCGUUCUAUACAUCCUGCUCAACGUACUGGUGCGCACCGAAUAUCCUACAGCAGUAACGGCUGAAAUAGUCGAUGUUAACAUGAACUCGUUGGACGGGACGACGGAAAAGCCUUUAGAUGUCGACCUGCCACCAACCCUGCCGAUGAUCUUUGGUACAGAAAAUUCAACAUCGGUUUUGGCGCAAUCAGGAUCCACAGCCCUGAUGCCCUGUGUUGUUCACAAUCUAGGAGAGGGCACGGUGUCGUGGACCAAGCGAAAGAACUUAAUGUUACACGAACUACUAACCGUAGGACUGACAACAUACGCUAAUGAUGAACGGUUUCAGGCAAUUCAUUUCCACCACAGUGAAGAUUGGACGCUUCAAAUAAAAUACGUCCAACCGAGGGAUGCCGGACUGUAUGAAUGCCAAGUGUCCACGCAUCCGCCUACGAGUAUAUUUCUGCUCCUUGAUGUAGUCGAAGCCAGAGCGGAGAUAGUCGGACCGGCGGAGAAAUUUGUGAGGCCUGGUAGCACAUUGCAACUUCACUGUCUGGUAAAGAAGUCCACAGAAAUACCAUCGUACUUCUUCUGGUAUCACAAUUUCCGGAUGAUCAAUUACGACGUUGAUCAAGGCGUCAACGUUAGCACUGAUCUCGUUGGUCGGGAGAGCUGGCUGGAGGUACCAAAAGCAUCAGAUCGUCACUCGGGUAACUACACUUGCGAGGCUAGUAAUGCCCAGCCGGCACGAAUUCUGGUGCAUGUUUUCAAAGGUGAUAAUCCAGCCGCCAUGCAGCACAGCAUGGCAUCAUCGCCGUCAGUGAUGGCCUGUACCGUGUUACUCACCACGUUCGUUACGCUCAAGCUAGCUUUGCAGACAAACUGGAGUUUAUGACGUGCAUAAGUGCAAGACUCGUGUAAACCCGGAGUGUGUUAGCGAAAUUGUGUAAUAUUGUCAUUUUUGUGUCGCGUGAUAUUCAUAUUCAUAUGUGAAGAUGUGCUCUUGUUACAAUCGCCGAAGUUAGAACGGCAACAUGUUUAUUUAUGGUGGUUCCAAUUAAAGAUUCAUCAUUAUUAUCAGAAAGGCUACCGGAACAUUUCAAGCUGUAAGAUUGGCUGUGAUUGCGAUACUGUUUAUUUGACGAUCAACCUUACGCUCUACACUGCCGGACAAAGUAGUAUAGAAAAAUUAGCUGUGAUUAUUUGUGUCAUCACGAGGCAAACGUCUAUUUAAUCUAUUAUGUAUAUGUACAUCUAAUCAUAGAGUUCAAGAAAGAAUAUGCAACAACGUAAUAUGCUAAUGCAAAACAGGAUAAUUAUAACCAUCAUUGUGGGAUUAGUAGUGAUCUAUCAUCAUGUGAUCGAUGGUACAUGUAUACCAAAAAUUUUUAAUCAGGAAAUAGUGUAUCCAACAAAGAUCAAUAUAAUAAAAGUAUAAUGGUAA